ACCGUCACUUCCGGUCCUGGCCCCGCCCUCCAGCUCGCCGCUGUUCCGUUUCGCGUUCAAUAAUUUUGUCCCCAGCCCCGACCCGUCUCCCUCCGCUGCCAUGGCGGCAGCUCCACCGCUCUCCAAGGCUGAGUACCUGAAGCGAUACUUGUCUGGGGCAGAUGGCGGCGUCGACGGGGGCCCUGAGUCCGGCCGCAAGCGUCGCAAAAAGCGGCCGAAGCCUAGCGGGGCCGGCGGCAAGGGAAUGCGAAUUGUGGAUGAUGACGUGAGCUGGACAUCUAUCUCAACCACUAAAGCAGAAAAGGAGGAAGAGGAAGAUGAUGGAGAUUUGCCUGUGGUGGCUGAGUUUGUGGAUGAGCGGCCAGAAGAGGUAAAGCAGAUGGAAGCCUUUCGUUCCAGUGCUAAAUGGAAGCUUCUGGGGAGCCGCAGUGAAGAUAUACCCUCACACAGACAGUUCUGUCAUGACACCCCAGAUUCAUCUCCUCCUAGGAAGGUUCGUCACGACACCCCGGAUCCAUCUCCUCCUAGAAGGGUUCGUCAUGACACUCCAGAUCCAUCUCCUCCUCGAAGGGUUCGUCAUGACACUCCAGAUCCAUCUCCUCCUAGGAAGGUUCGUCAUGACACCCCGGAUUCAUCUCCUCCUAGGAAGGUUCGUCAUGACACCCCGGAUUCAUCUCCUCCUAGGAAGGCCCGUCAUGACACCCCGGAUUCAUCUCCUCCUAGGAAGAUUCGUCAUGGCACUCUGGAUUCUGCUCCUCCUAGGAAGGUUCGUCAUGAUACCCCAGAUCCAUCUCCUCCUAGGAGGACCCGUCAUGACACCCCAGAUUCAUCUCCUCCUAGGAGGACCUACCACAGUUCCUCAGAUCUCUCUCCCGCCAGAAGGGCCCGUAAUUGCUCCCCUGACACAGCUCAACCUAGAAGGACUCUUGACUCUGUGGAUAGAUCACAGCUCAGGAGGGCCCAUCAUAAUUCCAGUGACUUGGCUGCUUAUGUUCCUCACUCACUGCCCAGAACCAAAAGCAGUGAAGCCCCAGAAAGCUCUAGCAAAACUUCUCCACAUUGGAAGGGGCCAGGACCUUCUCAUCCAUCACUCCCAAAGAAUAGCAAAUAUGAGUAUGACUCAGACCUCUCUCCUUUACGAAAAAAGAAGGCUACAUCCCAUGUUAGAAGUAAGCAGCAUGAUUCUAAAGGCUCUUCCCCCACCCAUAGGAAACAUCACACUUUGGACUCUUCUUCCUACCCAGGUGACAGUAGGAAAACCUCUGAUUCAGAUCUUUCUCCUCCACGGCACAAACAGAGUUCAGGGCCCCAGGAUUCCGACUCCGAUCUGUCACCUCCGCGGAAUAGACCUAGGCAUCGGAGCUCUGAUUCUGACCUCUCUCCACCAAGGAGAAAGCAGAGGGCCAAAUCUUCUGAUUCUGAUCUGUCUCCACCUCGAAGGAGUCAGCCUCUGGGAAAGAAGGCUGCACACAUGUAUUCUGGGGCUAAAACUGGGUUGGUGUUAACUGACAUACAGCGAGAGCAGCAGGAGCUCAAGAAACGGGACCAAGAGACCAUGGCAUUUGAAGCUGAAUUCCAACAUGCUGAAACUGUAUUUCGAGAUAAGUCUGGUCGUAAGAGGAAUUUGAAACUGGAACGUUUAGAGCAGAGGCGAAAAGCAGAGAAGGACUCGAAGAGAGAGGAGUUGUAUGCCCAGUGGGGCAAAGGGCUUGCCCAGACCCGGCAGCAGCAACAAAAUGUGGAGGAUGCGAUGAAGGAAAUGCAAAAGCCUCUGGCCCGCUAUAUUGAUGAUGAAGAUUUGGAUCGGAUGCUGAGAGAACAGGAAAGAGAGGGGGACCCCAUGGCCAACUUUAUCAAGAAGAAUAAGGCCAAGGAGAACAAGAAUAAGAAAGUGAGACCUCGCUACAGUGGCCCUGCACCCCCUCCCAACAGAUUCAAUAUCUGGCCAGGGUAUCGCUGGGAUGGAGUGGACAGAUCCAAUGGAUUUGAACAGAAGCGCUUUGCCAGGCUUGCCAGCAAGAAGGCGGUGGAGGAACUUGCCUACAAGUGGAGUGUUGAGGAUAUGUAACUUUUUUGAGGCUGUGGGAGUGACUGUGGGUUGUGGUAGUGGACAUAGGGCAGCUGUUACAGACAUUCAGCUGUAACAGUCGUCUAUGCUAAUAAUCAGGGCCACCCAGACCGGCAACUUGUUGAAUACCAAUUUUGACUACAGAAGAAUAUUUGAGACGUAAUAUCCGGACGAAGGAUCCAUACAUCUCAGGUGUGCUGACACUGCCGGAUGCUGGCUUUCAGGGGAAGCGUUGAUUUCUCUGUGUCCCAGGGCUUGUUCUUGGUUAGGGUAUUUCUUUUUUAAUAAACACACAUUUAUUUUUUUAAAAUAA